GCUGUCAAUCCGGAUUCUCCUUAUAAGAAAGGUCUAUAAAACUACCUGUCUGUUUCAAUCGAAUCGUUCAUCCUUAAGUCAAAGCACAUUACAUCAAAACCUCUUUUAUCGCCUUUCAUCUUGUGGCGACAUCGCUACUACUAUUAUAACACCCCUCCCUCUCCUCCACCGUCUCUCUACACAUUCAGAGUACUCAAGACGUCAAAAGCCCUUACUCUUGAAUCGACUUACCUCGUGAUUCUUAUGCAUCAACGCAACGAAAUGACGGGCACACUCUCCCCACAAUCAGCACCCUCUUCCCCUUCCAUCUCGACCCGCCGCUCGUCGCGGUCCUCCCAAAAGCCAUCACUGUCAAUCGACCUCUCCUCCCUCCCACCACUAUCCCAGCCUUCCCCGCCAACAAACACGCUCCUGAUCACAGAACUCAAUGACCUUUACCUCUUUCAACCGUCCUCUCUUUCUCAGAUUCGGCAACUCAUCGAAUCCAUCGCCCCCCUAAACUCGUUCUCCCCGCUUCCGUCCUUCCGCCGCAUCGUCGCUUCUUUCCGUAACGAAGACGACGCCACCCGCGUUCGCAAGCUCCUCGACCGCGAAAGUCUGCUUAACCGGUCCGUCCGCACACGGAUCUACUUCGGCGAGCCGACGCCGCUCCUCGAGACCGAUGAUGCAGGCGGCAUCAAGCAUAAGCUCCUCGAAGCGCCGCAGGUUGAUAAGCUGUUCUUUAUCAGUCCACCACCCUCCCCGCCGCACGGCUGGGUGAUGCGCCAGGAGGACCCCCCAAACAAGGAGGUCCAUGCUAGUGAUCUUGCGCAGGCGCUGGCAAAAUUGAAAACGCAGACGGAGGGUUCUACCUACGCUACAUCUACCGUACCGGCUUCUCAGCAGCAGACGGAUCCGGAUACACCGAUGUCUCUUUCGUCCGACAAGAGGACGGGGAGCUGGCCGUUGUUGCAGCAGCGAAGUAGGAGUAGCACGCUUAUAUAUAACCCGGAGGAGCACGGCGGCAGCCCCAACCUCCCCGCUGUCAUGGUCGAAGAUACGAGCGCCGACCCGGAUGAUAUGGACGUGGAGAUGAGCCCGAUUGAUAUGCCUGUGAAGCAAACGCCGCCGUUCAAGACUGCUCGACCGCCUGUUGAGUUGAUGGUUUGAUUACUUACGACCGGGUUCUUGCUUCAUGUCUGGUCCACUGCAAUUGCAUUCUAAGCGUUUGACUUGGAGUUGGCUGCUUGUUGAUGUCUGUAUUGUUUUUUAUUUUCGACUAUUGUGAUUGCAUCAGGUUUCUCUCUUUUUCUCAAACAUUCAUUGCGAGGCGUUCGGGUGAUAGUUUAUCGGCAAUCUAUUCAUGGCGAUGGCAAUAAUGUGUGCAUUUACGGUUCUAAAAACCAGUACUAGGCAUACGAUGCUUACUUAAAUAU